CUCGCUCCCCUCUCGCGCUGGAGCCGCGCGGCGCAGGGAUUUCAUGGAGCCAUUCCUCCAUGCCAGGUGCUGGCUGUGAGCCCUAGCACUGGAGGUCUCAGCAGUGCCAUCUGAGACCAGGCAGGUGAUGGGGGAUUCUCCAACAAAUUCCAUGGAUACAGGCAUAGCCACAGACUUCAAGGACACCCAGACUGAGCUGGCAGAACGGGUGGCAGCCAUCAAUGUGACUCUUGGCCCAGACAGAAGAGACCAAAAUGGUGAAGAAGAAAAUGACACAGUCUUUUCUGAUAAUGUAAAAGAAAUCCAAAGAAAUGGAGUGGAAAGUGAGGUGGGAAUGGAUGAAUUUCAACAGUCAGAAGAUGCUCAUGGGAAGCACGGGCCCAAGAGACCUCUCACUAGACCUGUCCUGUCAAGUAGGAAGUUGUCUCUUCAGGAAAGAUCAUCAGGAGGUUAUUUGGCUUCAAGCACCACUCCAAGUUCUGGGCAUUAUGCCACGGGGCCAUCUCCAAGGAUCAUGAGGAGACCAACAAUAGAAUCCAACCGGGUCUCCAUAUCAGAUUCUGAGGACUGUGUGCAAUUAAACCAGUACAAGCUGCAGAGUGAAAUAGGCAAGGGUUCCUAUGGUGUUGUGAAGCUGGCCUACAAUGAGAAUGAUGACCAAUACUAUGCUAUGAAAGUCCUCUCCAAAAAGAAGCUCUUAAAGCAGUAUGGAUUUCCACGACGACCUCCUCCCAGAGGGUCAAAAGCCUCCUCUGGGGAACAGCCAAAACCCAUGGCACCUUUGGACAGAGUCUAUCAGGAAAUAGCCAUCUUAAAGAAACUGGACCAUGUCAACAUUGUUAAGCUGAUAGAGGUCCUUGAUGAUCCUGCAGAGGACAACUUGUACAUGGUAUUUGACCUCCUGAGGAAAGGGCCUGUCAUGGAGGUGCCCAGUGCUCAGCCCUUCAGUGAGGAGCAGGCUCGGCUCUACUUCCGUGACAUCGUCCUGGGCAUCGAGUACUUGCACUACCAGAAGAUCAUUCACCGGGACAUCAAACCUUCCAACUUACUCUUAGGAGAUGAUGGACAUGUUAAAAUAGCUGAUUUUGGAGUCAGCAAUCAGUUUGAAGGAAAUGAUGCCCAGCUUUCCAGCACAGCAGGGACACCAGCUUUCAUGGCACCAGAGGCCAUUUCAGACACUGGCAAAAGCUUCAGUGGGAAGGCACUUGAUGUGUGGGCCAUGGGAAUCACCCUGUACUGCUUUGUGUAUGGGAAGUGCCCUUUUAUAGAUGAAUAUAUUCUGGGCCUUCAUAACAGGAUCAAGAACAAGCCUGUAGAGUUCCCAGAAGAAGGACAGAUAAGUGAAGAGCUCAAGGAUCUGAUCCUACGCAUGCUCGAUAAAAAUCCAGAAACAAGGAUAACAGUCCCUGAAAUCAAGGUGCAUCCGUGGUUAACCAAGGGUGGUGAGGAGCCACUGCCACUGGAGGAGGAGCACUGUACUGUGGUGGAGGUGACAGAGGAGGAGGUGAAGAACUCAGUGAAGAUGAUUCCAAGCUUGCCAGCUGUGAUCCUGGUGAAAGCCAUGCUAAGGAAACGUUCCUUUGGAAAUCCCUUCGAGGUCCAGACGAGGCGUGAGGAGAGAUCCAUGUCUGCUCCUGGGAACUUGCUGAUAAAACAAGGGAGCAGAGAAGGAGCCAGGGACCCAGAUCUGCCCGACGUGUGUGAAGAUGAAGCCACAUCCUGAAGCCAGCUGGGUGGUGCAGGCUGCUCACUCCUGUGCUGCUGCUGUUGUACCCAUCAUGGUGUUGUCUGCCACACAUCUGCCCUCAUUGCCAAGGCUGGGGCCUGCAAAGGAAAAACCAAACCAAACAAACAAAAAAAUCACAAAAUCACAAGGGAUCGACCCAGAAAAGCA